AUGCUAGACCCGGUCUACUCAGCUCUGGAAAAUAAUGAAGAUCCAAUGGGCAUCUUUAUUGAUCUAAGAAAUGUUUUUGACACUGUAAAUCACAAUAUAUUGCUGCUGAAUCUAGAUCAUUAUGGUCCAAGGACUAGGCGAAUCAAGAAAAGAGAUAAAAAGGAUGAAAAGCGACCCAGAACAGCAUUCACCUCAGACCAGCUGGCCAGACUCAAAAAAGAAUUCCAAGAGAACAGGUACCUGACGGAGAAGCGACGGCAAGACCUGGCCAGAGACCUGGGCCUCAAUGAAAGCCAGAUCAAAAUCUGGUUCCAAAACAAACGGGCCAAGAUAAAAAAGCAGGCCAAGGGCCAGGCCAACCCACUGGCGCUGCAGCUGAUGGCGCAGGGCCUCUACAACCACUCCACCAUACCCAUCAGAGAGGAAGAUGAAGACAAGCUCCUGCCUCCUGUAUGAUCAUCGCUCCUCGGCGGUGUAGGGGAUCCUCUCCGCCACCACCACCAGUUCUUCAGCCGCCAUAACCAGGACCGCUGAGGCAGGGAGAUGCAACUCUUGCAACUUCUGCUCCUGGGACUUACACGCCGACCUCCUUCCACCACAGCUGGCGAGAUCACUAGGGCAUCGACACAUCCUUGGUACAACUAGCUCUUUGUACCAGAACGACCAUUUUGUCGUUACUGACGAUUCCCUUUUCAGACUCGAUAUGAAUCGUCUCCGACACUGAGUUCAUCCGAUUCGAAGAGUAAGAUGAUCUAACCCCAAUCUCGACUUCAUUGGCCUCUUAAAGUGAUUAGAAUUUGUGAGCUCUCACCCCUUGUUCCUUACUGCCAGUUCAUGGUUGACUCUCCUACACCACAAAUCUAUUACCACGUACAUACUUCUGAUCUUCCAGACUCAUUCUUAUCCUUUUGUAUGUUUACGUUCCUGAUGUUGAGCGUAAAAUAAUGUACACACACACACACACACACACACACACACACACAUCUCUUGUGCAUUUACGGAUACUGUUUUCUAGUCCUGAUCAGCACUAUCCAACCAGAAAUUAUUUUGAUUAGAGAUGUCCUCAGGUACAUCCCCCUUAUAAAUACUUAACUUCGCUUUCCACACAGGGACAUGACUUAAAUUGACGGACAUCACUUACAAGCUUAAUCUGCCACUUUCUACUUGUCAGGGCAAGAUAUGCGACUUUCCAGCCACAGACACCACUCUUCCAGACAGGAACACAAAUAUCCAGUCACGGAUAUAGGUUCUCACAACCGACGGCACUUUUUAUCCUGCUCACAGACAUCCGGAAGGAUAAUCGGUAGAAGGGGCAGUGAAAAAUAGUGAUGAAAAUCUAGUGCAGUGUAGCAAUCAGGGAAAAUAAAUAACGGUGAAAUUUUAAUGACACAAAAUGCAAAGUAUUUUGAAAAAAGUAUGAACAUAAGGAAAAAUAAUGAGAAUAUAAAGUGUUGAUGCUAAUGCAGUGAUUUGAAAUAGUGAAGAUUAGAGGUUGUGCGACGUACUGGCGUUGACAAUGUUAAAACAAUUACUGACGUAUGAAACUGUAAAGAGAGAGUAUCCAGGUGGACUUCACUCUGAGAGCAGAAGACGUAAAGGAAAACAGUGGAAAAGUUUCUGUCUCCUUGCGAUACAUCGCCUGAUGUUAGAGAAAGAGAGAGAGAGAGAGAGAGAGAGAGAGAGAGAGAGAGAGAGAGAGAGAGAGAGAGAGACAGACAGACAGACAGAGAGACAGAGUAGCAUCUAUAAACUAUCCGAGGAGCUUUGGUAAGGUGGAAGUUACUCAUUCACUUUCUUUCAAAUUUUUAAUUUGCCCUCUUUGCUGCCCUUCCUCAUUUCCUCUCUUAAAGUCCCUCCUUUCACUUCUUCCUUCACUCCUUUAUUCUCUCCUCCACUCCUUUACUCUCCUCCCCGCUUUCCCCCUCCUCCCUCUCUCUGUCUCUGUCUCCCCAGGACACUGGUGUCAGGCAGUGUGAGUGAGCGCGGGUGUUCCACACUAAGUGAACGUGCCGAGAAUGCUCCUCUUAACGUUCCACCACUCUCUCUGGGGAAUUCUGUGGCUGCGUUCCCGAAUAUUUUGGAAACGCUGAAUGCCACAGCCAUUCCCACCACCAUGAAUUCCUCGUGGCUUUCCGAACGUUUGGGCGAACGCCACAGCCUGUUUCCGAGCGACUCAACAAGAACCAUGGUAAGACGAAGACACUGUGAUCCAACUUUCGGUCAGUUUGGAAGACAAUUGUGACGGUCGAAACAGUGCGCUAUAGAGAAAAGUAAACGACGUUUCUUAAUAUUAUUUUUCUUGUCUAAGAAGCGUUAACUACUAUUGUAACUACUACUAUUACUGCAACUCUCAUCACAACCAUGUUCAAGAUACGAACAUGUUGUUCUGUACAUUGCCAAGUGUUCUCUCCCCCCCCCUUUUUUUAGAAUAAUUUAUGUUGUAUUUAUAGAGGAGGGGAUCUUUCUCCCUUAAUUUAUAUAGGAAGGGAUCUUCUCCUGAUACCCCCUCCCCACAGCAUUGCAAUCUCCUCCUCCCGACCACUCUCCCCCUCUCCUUCCCCACCUCCCUACAUACAUUAUCUCAGGUGCCACUAUUCUUCCUCAAUUCGAUAUCCUCUUCAUGUCUGUAAAACUCAAAGAAAUUAUGUAGACACGACGGACGUCAUUUUACAUACAGGUGAACAGGUGUACAUAUAUCCACGUACAUGCUUACAAAAUUAAAAAUACACUUACACGUACAUAAUAAUAUAUAUAAAAAGUUAC